CACAAAUACAAACCUUUGAUCUCUACCUGAGAAGCCAUGUCCCUUGUGCUGUCUCUUGCCUAUCCCACCUCUGCCCUGCCCUCCAGCUUGUAUUUAAGUCCCUGGGCUGCCCCUCGGGGUGCCCCCCCACCCCAGGUUCCCCUUUGGUGUCAUGUCAGGCAUUUUGCAAGGAAAAGCCACUUGGGGAAAGACAGAAAGGACAAAAUAAAUAAAUUUCCACUGGCCCUCGGGGGAGCCGAGGGUUUUUGCAAGGAAGUUGUGGUGGCUGAGUGUGGUCUGUGGUGGGAGGCGCCCUGGGGUGUGGGGAGAGAACUGGAGCCCUGGUCUUGGUGGGCUACACAGGGGUCCCGGCUUGGGCUCUGUGUCGUAGGGUUGCUGUUGAAAGUCCUUGACCCAUUUCCUAAAGCCAGGAGAGCUGCCUGCUUGUGCUUCUGUGGUCCGUCCCCACGGGCCCAGCACGGUUCCAGCAGGGAGGGAGGCAGGCGGCCAUCAAUCAUAGCCUUUGACGAGCUGCGGACCGACUUCAAGAACCCCAUCGACCAGGGGAACCCAGCGCGGGCACGCGAGCGUUUAAAAAACAUCGAACGCAUCUGCUGCCUCCUGAGGAAGCUGGUGGUCCCAGAAUACUCCAUCCACGGCCUCUUCUGUCUGAUGUUUCUGUGUGCAGCAGAGUGGGUGACCCUGGGCCUCAAUAUCCCCCUCCUCUUCUACCACCUCUGGAGGUACUUCCACCGCCCUGCAGAUGGCUCGGAGGUCAUGUAUGAUGCGGUUUCCAUCAUGAAUGCUGACAUCCUCAACUACUGCCAGAAGGAGUCCUGGUGCAAACUCGCCUUCUACCUGCUCUCCUUCUUCUAUUACCUGUACAGUAUGGUUUAUACGUUGGUGAGUUUCUAAGGGGGAAGCCGGCCAGGGAGCGAGCCCAGAACGGACCGGACGCCUGUGCACCCCCAGCCCUGCCCCUGGGCCGCAGAGGCCUCAGCCCUGGGGAGGGAGGGGGCACUGGUGCCCCCAGCCUCCUCUCCACCCCCCAAACUGCUGCUGCGGGGACUUCCCGCCUUCAGAGCCCCCUCCCCUUGGACGAGGGCUGGGCAGAGCUCUAAAUAGGGGCUCCUCUGCCAGCCUGUGGGCAUGGCAGUCAGUCCUGGAAGGGGCGGGACCUCCGGCCUUGUCCGCUUCAAGGGGAACUUAGACCCUGCCAUGGGGCAGGGCUUGACCCUGGAAGUUCUGGGCCGCCCCCUCCACCCCUCACCCUGAGGCUCCCCCUGCAGGUGGGGGGGUACCCACACCGGGAAUGAGCAGGCUCAGCAGGGGGGCAGCCCCACCCCUAGUCUGCCCUCUCCCCUCCCCCAGGCUCUCUCUCCAGACAACCUCCCAUCCCCAGCUGUCCCAGUCCCGGCCUCCCCUGUCUCUUGGACCUAUUUUCUAUGUUGCCUGGAGGAGUCCGGCACCCCCUUCCCGGCCAUUUGUGACAAAAUAUGAAUAAACUACUGCAAACACAUGGGCCCCA